GCUGCUUUGCCGGAUCGAAAAAAAACAAUGUGUUGGCAGAGAAGUAGAAGGAGCGUAAAAGUCAACAAAAAACCAAAAAACUAAACGUAAGCACAAGCGCAAAAUGGCCAGGAACACGGGCAGUUCCUCGGGCUCCACGCCGGCAUCGGCUGCGGCGGCGGCGGCCGCAGCGGCAUCCAAUGCCAAACAAAAACGCAGCCCCCGAUUCAGUUUGUCCUCAAAUAUGAUCCUGGACAAGUGGAAAACAAUGAUCGGAUGUGUCUGUCUGGCGAUAGCUUCGUAUUUUGGCUACCUUGGCUAUCUAGAGACCCGUGUAAAUACGCCCUUUGACCACCAGAAGAUGGUGGUGCACGCAGGGCUAGAGCAGCCGGACCGGUAUUGGGGCUCAUACAGGCCAUUGAACUACUUUGGAAUGAAGACGCGGGAUCCCCAUUCCCUAGUAAUGGGCUUGAUGUGGUACACCCCUAGUAAUCUGGGUCCUGGUGGACAGGGCAUCCGACACUGGUGCGAGCAAGGCGACAAGUUGGAUUCCUACGGCUGGACACACCACGAUGGCAGAAGUUUUGGCGUGCAGGAAAUACAGGAUCUGCCCUUUGAGCUGAAAACCUCGUUUGUGAAGUAUCCGGAGGGCAAGCAGUAUGGUGGAGAUUGGACGGCCCGGAUAUCGGUGAGAAAUACAACGCGCGCGUGGGACAAGAGCAUCUCGCUGAUUUGGUACGUGGCCUUAGAUGAGCGCACCAAUGGGCACAUUAAAUACGUUUCGGAUGAAAAAAGCCCUGAACCGGGUGUCUACGGCGAAACCCAGGGACUCGGCGAGUUUCAGGUACGAUUCCAUGCCGUCAAAGGAAAAAUCCUGCACAAAUCGUACCUCAGCACAGUGGCUCCUUCGCUGAGCAAACUCAAGGAUACGCUCUUCUCACAUUUUCGCGCUUUUGCCGACAAGCGGGGCAAUCGUUUCAUAGGCUUACCCGGUGAAAUAGUCUCCCAAAAUGGCCUGCCCUCUAAUAAUCCGGAGCCCAACUUCAUAGCUAUACAAAUCACAGCGGAGGUGGAUUUUACACUGGACAUCACCUACCAGUCAACAUCUGGAUUUUCUCUUGGCCAAUCCAUACCCAAGCCGCCCACGGGCAGAGCCUAUCAAGAUUCGUUGCAGGCCAAAAUAGCCCAGUUUGAACAGCGUUUCGAGGAGCGAUUCCAGCUGAAGAAGAAGGGCCACUCGCCGGAGGAGGUGAGAUUCGCGCGAAACGCUUUUAGCAAUACCUUGGGUGGCAUUGGCUACUUCUAUGGCUCAAGCCGAGUGCAAUCGGUGCAUACUAAAAACCCUGUACCCUACUGGAAGGCUCCGCUCUACACGGCUGUGCCGUCGAGAAGCUUCUUUCCCAGAGGUUUCCUUUGGGACGAGGGCUUCCACGGGUUGCUGAUUAGCGCGUGGGAUGUGGACAUCGAGCUGGACAUCAUAUGCCAUUGGUUCGAUCUGCUCAAUGUUGAGGGCUGGAUACCCAGGGAACAGAUUUUGGGCGUUGAGGCGCUAGCCAAGGUGCCCGAAGAGUUUGUUACGCAGCGCAACAGCAAUGCCAAUCCGCCGACUUUCUUCCUUACGCUCAGAAAACUGCUCACCAGCCAUCGGACAGAGUUGUCUCAAAACGGACGAUUAGCGACCCUUGAGCGGCUGUAUCCACGGGUUCAGGCCUGGUUUAACUGGUACAACACUACGCAGAAGGGUGAGCUGUUGGGCACCUACUUGUGGCGUGGUCGAAAUGCUACUACCGUGCGGGAGCUGAACCCAAAGAGCUUGUCCUCUGGCCUGGACGACUAUCCUCGAGCCUCACAUCCCACCGACAAGGAGCGUCAUCUGGACCUGCGCUGUUGGAUUGCUCUGGCGGCCAGUGUGAUGGCCGAGUUAUCAACUUUGUUGGGAAAAGACGAUGCCAAAUACUACGAGACGGCCUCCUACUUAACGGACAAUGAACAGAUGAACCGCCUGCAUUUGGCGCCCUACAGUGAACAGUACUCUGACUGGGGUCUGCACACGGACCAGGUUAAGCUAAAGCGGCCGCCGGCUAUGGCACCGCAGCAGCAGCGGCAUCAAUAUCAGCAGCAUCAGCAGCCUGAAAUGCGACGUGUCACCGGUGAGGAGCCAACUUAUCAGUUCGUGGACAGCGCUUUUGGGUAUGUCAGCCUGUUUCCUCUGCUGUUGGAGCAACUGGAUCACGAUUCGCCAUAUUUGACCAAGCUGCUUCACGAUCUCCGUGAUCCGGAACAGCUGUGGACUAACUACGGUCUGCGUUCGCUCUCGAAGCGAUCACCUCUGUACAUGAAACGCAACACGGAGCACGAUCCACCGUAUUGGCGUGGACCCAUCUGGAUAAAUAUUAAUUAUUUGGCUGCCAAGGCGCUGCAUCAUUAUGGCAAGAUAGAGGGGCCGAAUGCGGCUUUGGCGCGGGAAAUUUACGCUGAGCUGCGCGACAAUUUGGUGGGCAACAUCUUUCGGCAGUACAAGCGCAGUGGCUAUUUGUGGGAGCAGUACGACGACACUACUGGUGAGGGCAAGGGCUGUAAUCCCUUCACCGGCUGGACGGCCACCGUUGUCCUUCUGAUGGCCGAGCAGUUCUAGAUCUGGAUCUAGCCUGCCCGCCCGUAUAGCAAAAAAUCUGCUGUGAGUUCCUCGACGAACAUCCCUGCCCGGAUUCCUAAACUGAUCUAUGUAUAUGUUUGUGUUUAGAAUAGUUGGGUUUUCUUUGAACUAAGAAUCGCAUUAGGCUUUCAAAACAACGACUAAAUCGGUCAACCAAAUAAAUUUGCUUCAAAUGUAGCAAACUAUUGAUAAUCUUCAAACGUCUUUGGCAUUCAAAGAUUUGAUUAGAGUAAGUAAAUAAGUUUUUAUAUAAGGGAACUUAUCCUAGGAUCUACAAUCUUAUGGUAAUGUAACCUUUGGCUUUGCUGUGGUUUGAAAUAGUCACUUAAUUAGCACGCAAAGGUAAUCAAUUGCAUGAGUACUGCUUUGCUUUUUAAGAAAUGUCUCCGUAGCGAUUCUACCUCAAAGAAUAUCCCUCUAUCCCCAUGUAGACUACUCUAAAUGUAUGUAGUCCUUAGAAAUUCCAGUCUCCAGUUGCUGUACAAUACUUAAGAAACUUUGACAAAGAAAUCGAGUGAAAUUGUGAAGGAAAUGCAGUAAUAUUUAGCGUUAAUUAGACGAAUUUUAAAAAUAUACCAAAUAAAUAAAAGAUUAAAACCAAA